AUGAAUGAGGAAAAUGAAUAGAGUAUUGACUUAGCAAAAGAAAUGUUAUUAGUCGGUCUCAAUAAUCCUGAAUUAAAUGAUAAUAUUGAUAAGGAAUGGAAUUCAAGGAGAAAUCAACCAAGACCAAAGACUGCUUUACAUGAUAGGAGAUAACAAUAAUUAUAAGAGUUAAAAGAAUAAUUUUUAACAUCGAAUAAUAUAUCACAAAAGCAGGUUAAAAAAGAAAAGGCCAUCCAAUAGGUUCAUUAAAAUUAUUAACCAUUACCUUAAAAUAAGGAAUUAGGAGCAUAAUUUGUCAAUGCAAUAGAAAAAUUUAAUGAGAAUUUGACUAGAGAUUCAGGUGUUGCAAUUUGCUUUAAUUUGAUAGAGAAAAACAAAGAUUUGUAGUCAGUUUAAACAAUGAUUGAAUGUUUAUAUAGUAGUUCAAAAAAAAACAUUAAUCCAAAGACAAAUAGUUAAAAUACAUUAGCAAUAGAUAUGGAAUUGAUUACUUUAGGUGAAAUAAUAAAGUAAAAUGAAGAAACCUUAAACCCAUAUUUAAUUGAUAAAAUUUUUCAAAUAAUAAAAAAGCAUAUGAAUGUACGAAUUGAUUAUAUUUAGAGUAAUUCUGAUACAACAAUUUAAGCAAUAAGUUACGUUCUUAUGUAAUUGUAAUCUCAUAUAAAUGUAUCAAACACUUAUUAAGAAUUAAAUGAAUUUAUAUAUGAUAAAGGCAGACAAGUUCAAGUAGCAACAAUUUUGUCAUUAUUAUGUUAUUAUUUAAAAUAAUAAAAUAAGAUAGAAGAUUUUAAUAUUUUAGGGUAAUUGAUUUUUGAAAUUUACAAAGUAAAAUUAUAUAAUAAGAUAGAAAUUAAUGAUUGAUAGUGUAGAAUUCUUGAAGUGCAUAGAAUUUUUAUUAUGUUUAAAUUUGAAUUUAAAUCAUGAAAUCAUUAUUUAAAGAUCUCUAAAAUAUUGUUAGGUACCGAUUAAUAAGAAUUCAAAAUACUAUUUGAUAGUUUGUUAAGCCUGUAAGAUUAUUGAGCAUAUGGGAUCGAAAACAAGAAUGAUGUCAAAUGAAGUAAUAAAAGAAAUGGAAAAAUUGACUAAUGACAGAAGAGUAGAUGUUUAAGUAGCAGCUAAGAAAGCAAUUUCAGCUUGGAAAGAGUAAGAAAUCAAAUUAAUAGAACCUUAAUUAGAUUAAUUUUAUAAUAAAAUUGGUUUUUGUUAAACUCCAUAUACAGAGUAUUAGAAGAGAGGAUUUUAAAGUUUAGUGAGGGCAAGUUCUUAUGUAAGAAAGAAUUCAAGGUCUCCUAGUUUACCCAAGAAAUUAAUUAAUUAAAUAGCUAAACCUAAGAUUAGGGAGAAAAUAAAUAAGAUAAGAUCUAAUUCACCAAAAUUCUAAUUAUUGGAAGAAGAUACAGAAGAAGUGAGAAGAAACUAGGCUUUGCAAUUAUUAAAAUAAAAAAAGAGUGAUAGUCAAUAGGAAUAAAAGAAAAAGGAAGAAGAUAUUUUUGAGGAUUCUUUAGAAGCAAAUCCAUUUUAAGUGAUUCCAUAAUCAUCACAGGUUCAAUAAAAUUAAAUAGUUGAAUAAAAAGAGGAAUUGUAAGAUAGUUUGAUGAGAAGCUCAUAAAAUAAAGAUGAUGUAUAGUAAUUAAGUAAGAUGCCAAGUAUAUAAUAUAUUGAUAAUGUUUAAACUAUGAAAAAAUCAUUACAUUAAGAAGUGUAAUAGGAUAUUAAAGGAACUUUUGAACAUGUUACAGAAAUGGAUAAAAAUAGUUUGUAAGAGAAUAAUUAACAAAAUAUGAAUAUUUAAUAAUUAGAGGUUGAGAAAAAUUAAUAUAUAAAAUAACAAAGUGUUUAAGAGAAUUAUUAGAAAGGUGUUAAUUAAGAUAUUAGUACAUAAUUAAUAUAGGAUAAAUAAGAGUUAUAGAAUAAAUAGAAAUCUUAAGGAAAUUUAGAAAAUUAAGAAUUGUAAUAUGAACGGGUUCAACAAUAGAUUUAAAAGGUUAGAAGUGGAAAUGUAUAAAAAUAAGAAGAAGAUGAGAUAGAGUUUGAAGAAUAAGAAAAUGAAUAAAAUAUUGAUGAUAAAUAUUUCUAACCUUUUUAAAUUUAGUAGAUAUCAAAUUUUGAUGCAUCUAUUUAAGAAUUUCCAAAAGAAUACAUUUCUAGAAAUAAUAAUAUUAAUUAUGAAUAAGAAUUAAUAGAAGAUAAGGAUGUAAACAAAGAAAUACUUUCUUAAGAUUAAGAAAUUAUAACAUAAAAUAUUUAUGAAAGAAAGGAGAAUGAAAUAAAAGUAAAAUCAGGUUAAGUUAUGUAAUAAGAACAUGUUGAACUUGAUGUAACAAGUGAAGAUAUACAAUAGCUUGAUUUAACAAAAGAAGAUUUAGAAUAAUAGGAUAUUAAAGAAGAUUUAGGGAUAUUAUAAUAAAAAGAUAAUGAUUAAUUAAAUAGACUAGAAAAUAAAAAGAUAGAAUCCAUAUAAAAUAAAAAAAUAGAAUUAAUAGAAAAUUAAGUAACAGAAAUUAAUGAUAAAAAAAAGAAAUCGAUAGAAAAUGAAGAAUUUAAAGAAAGUUUGAAAAAUAAUAAGGUUGAAUAGAAAAGUGAGAAAAGAGCUAGAUAUAAACUCAAUAGAUAUUAUUUUGAAUAAGCUUUGAGUAAGGCAAAACAAAAUUUGAAUGAAGGCUAUGAGAUAUUGUUUGAAAAUUGCGAUGAUUUAUAAAAGAUACAGUAUUUUAAUAAUUUUAUGAUAGAUUUAUGAUGAUGGUUGGUCCUCAGAUAAAUAAAUUAAAUAAUAAAAUAAUGAAUAAGAUUAUUGAAUUUAUGAAUGAAAUGAAGGAUGCAGAGUUAUUAAAUGUUUUAGGAAUAAAUUUAUAUAAAUAAGUAAAAGAAUGUGAAUAUUUUGAUGAAAUAAAUAAUGAGGAUAUGUAGGAUGUGAAAAGUGUAUUAUAUGAAAUUAGUGGAAGCAAUUCUGAAGGAAUAGGAAUGAUGGCAGUAAAUAUCUAUAAUGAACUUUGA